AUGCUAUUGGACCAUCUGCUCAACAAGUAUGACAAGCGAGUCCGUCCAUGGGCAGAUCAUAAUUUGCCUGUGGAGAUCAAAGCAACCAUCGUACUGGGGUUGCUUGUGGAUGUGGCAAGUUUUUUGUUUGUGCGUGAAUUAGGCAUGACUGCCCGGCCAAACUUCGCAACAUUGAAACGGGCUUGGCCUACUUUUUUAACGGACGAAUUUUAGGCUUUACAGACAUGUCCAUCGCGUAGUAUCAAAUCUUUGAAAGAUUCGAAAGGCGGGAAAAUUAGGCCUAGAUCUAACCGCGCCAAGAUAUAGGGCCAAGGGUUUUCUAAUGGGCUCGACUUUUCUUUCAAGGCCCUUUUCUUGAUGGUGAUGUUUUUUUUUGAUUUUUUUUUCGCUUUAUAGAGAAACAGUUUUUUUUUCAUUUAUCGUGCCGGUUUGGGCCUCAAAUUCUUAUUGGGCAGAGCUAAGCUUUGCUUUGGAUCUAAACGGUCUGGACUGGUAGAGUCAAACUGCCCUCUCCAACCAUACAAAGCCUAGCAUUUAGGAGGCUGCGCUUGCUUUUCUUAGGCCAUGAUAACGCUUUGGGCUUGAGGAGCCCAGAUUUGGAUUUUUUGAAAUUUACCGGACCCACUUUUAACCCUGCCGGGCUGUUGAUUUGUAUCGAUAGACAUCUCACUAAAUCUCUCAAAAAAGUGAUUUUACGAAAACAACACCAAUUUUUAGAACGAAAACCAGCAGCUCGCCAGUUUCGUCAUCUCUCACACUCAACAAUGGACCGACCCACAGCUCACAUGGGAGCCUGCUGAUUGGUGGAAUAUCACCGAAGUCACAGUGCCGAAUGCGUUAGUUUGGCUGCCAAAGCUGUUCAUUUACAACAGGUAAACAUGGCUCCUAAUGUCAUACAACCACGAUUUUCUAGCGUAUCAACAAAAGACAUGCUGAAGCCGGAGCGGUACGAUAUUAGACUGUCUUACGAUGGCAGAAUUUUUGUGAACAUCCCGCAACAAGUCACUUCGGUGUGCAGUUUGGAGGUUGAUGUAAGUUGGUGUUCAGACAGCGACAUUGUGCUACAAAGAAAAACUUUGUGUGGGGCAAUUAUAACACCCGUGGUAAAAUAGGUCAAGUCAUUGUAAUCGUGUCUCUUUCCAACGCUCUAAAAGUGCUCAAGACCCCCUCAAAGGCCUUUAUUUAAUGCUGCAUGAGCCUGCCAUUUCAGCUCUUCCCCUUUGACAUCCAAUACUGUGAGAUUACUCAUGCAUCACCCUUGCUAACUGUCCACGAACAGAUCGUCAACGUCACUGAUCCCCCUCCUGAAUCCUCGUUCACCGGGAAUCCGGAAUACGAUAUAAUCGACGUGCACACCUGUAAUUACUACAUCAAUGAGAACAGUGAGCGGCGAAUGGGCUAUAUCUUUGUCAUGCACUUGAAACGGAGGCCCUCUUAUUAUAUCAUCGUUAUGGUCGUACCGACUUUUUUGAUCGCCGUGCUGAGUGUGCUAGGGAUCUUUUUGACAUCGUCGGUGAACCAGCCGAGAACAGAGAAGGUGAGAAAUUUUAGAGUAAAAAAGAUUGGCCUCCUUUUCCAAGCACAUCAAGAAUAAAAUACCAAAAAUCGUUCGAUUCCAGGUGACAAUGGGGAUGGGAUCUCUGCUCUCUAUGAUCAUGAUGUUCGGCGUGAUUGCCGACGAAAUGCCGAGGACCGAGAGAUUCCCGCUGAUCGGCAUCUACAUUUUGGCCAUUCUGAUGGUAAUCGCGGCGGCAAUUGUGGUCUCCACAAUCCAACAAACCAUCCAUUCCAGGCUGGUCGAGAGCGGGGAUCUACCAUCCAAUUGUGCUUAUCGAUUAAUGCUUCUAACGCCGUUUGACUGCAGUAAUACGAAGAAAUAUAACUGUAAGAAUAGGAUGGACCGUCUUGAGAUAACGGAGAUAUUGGAGAAGUAAGGAGACAGUAAUUGUAGCAUUAUACACAAGCCAUUUCAGCCUACAAAAGACUGAUCUGAAGCUAUCAUUUGUUGUCGCUUAUCUGCAAGACAUUGCGGCUAGCCAGAGGAAGUUUCUGCACAAGAUGGAAAGAGGGACCUGGAAUGAAGUUGUAAGUGAUUUGAGCAUAAUUUGAAAUCCACGGCGCUACGGCUUUUCGGGCCAGCGACAGUUCGGGUCGACUACACUUUGGGUGCUUCAAUUUGUCAUUGUAUGCAUGGGGAAGGCUAGGAGAAGGCUUAGUUAGUAGAAAUAAUAAGAUUAAUAGGGUCCUAGGAUAGCUUAUCACCUGUUUUGAGGCAUUUUACAUGUAUCCACAUCAAUAAUAUCCAGAUAAAAGGUACGGAUCUUCCUUUUCCGCCGUAAAUUUUGGCCUUUUAUAUGUUACAGUAACUCAGAGUAAAGAAAAAUAACGUUAGUAAUAGUUGAGAAUUGAAAAAGUGGACAUAAUGCAAGUCUCCGCCGAGCGUCCGCCAACCAUUCAACGGCUUUGCCAGGCCUCCUAGGCACUUCCUAAAGCCUUUUUUCCGCUCAGGAAAAAGAAAACUAACGUUAGUAAUAACUAAAAUUAAAAAAAGGUGGACAUAUCGCAAGUCUUCGCAGGUCUCCGCCGAGCUUACACCGGGCCUUCGCCGACCAUCCGACGGCCUUUCCAGACCUCGCAGCCAGUUCCUACAACUUUAGUUUGGGUGUCCAUCUGCCCUAUGACCCAAUAUCGAUCGGUUUUGUAUUGACCCGAACUGUCGUCGACUCGAAAAGUCGGAAAGUGAAAUCUACCAGUCGAAUGAGCUUUUUUCUAAUUCAUUUUCAGGUUGAAAUCGAAUGGAAUCGAAUCUUUGCCCGGAUGGACAUUGCUCUGUUGGUUUUGUUCCAGCUCACCAACGCCGGGGUUCUGUUCUACUUCUUCUACAGAGGAUAUCAGCCUCCAAGGCCAAUUCCGGAAUCGCUUUAA